AUGAUCGACUACGAGCGUCCCUCUCCAUUAGGCUUUGGAUCGGCUGGGAGGGGUGUGUUGGUUCCUGAGCUCCAGGCGCGCACAUAUACACACACACUGGCGGCCAUGCCUCAGAGAUACUCCCACCAGAGGAGGAAAGCCAGCACAGCAGCUGCUAGGCGGAUGGAGCGCAGACGCAGGGACCAGGGGAAGAGCAACAACAACAGCAGCAACUCAAACAGCAGCCACAGCCACCACUCCAAGAAGCUGGCCAUGCUCUCCAGGUCCCUGAUCCUGUGUCACUCUAAGACCACUGAUGAUUGCCCCAGUCCAGAAGAGAGGCAUGCUGGGGAAGUGUCAGAGGGGCGCAGGACAUGGGGUCCAGGCUGGAAGACAGACCUGACUGCUGGGGACAGAGCAGGCUACAGAGAUGCAGAGAACAGACAGUGGAAACAAUCAGCCAUGGAGAAAAGAGGAGGCACAGAGGCAGCAAAGCAGCCACAUCACAGCACCACACUCAGGGAGAAUAAGAAGAGCUUAAGGAGGUCCUUCAGCAUCAAGGAGAGUAGUAUUUGGAGGAUGUGUGUAGCCACAGGGCCCGCUGAGGAGGUGUGCGGACCACAAAUGGCUGAUAACAGUGUCCAGACAGAAGACAAAGACACUAAUGUGGAGCCAGGGAGGAAUGGAGGGGAGCUACACAGAGGCUGCAGCUUCCUGAGUCCAGACAAGCUGGCACCCUUUAACGGACAGAGUCUAAACGACGUUGCUUGGAUGGAGGGGGAGGGAACGAGGAGCGUUCACAUUAAAGCCUAUAGUGAGAACACUUCGUGUGAAGACGCUCUCCGAUCUCAUAGUGUGACUAUGAGCCCACAGCAUCCAGCUCUCAUUCCUCCAUCUGAUCAUCUGUCACUGUCUGGAUACACAGAUGAAGAAGUUAUGGCCAACAACAACCACCUCAAGUUGCCCAUCCCAGAGGUAAAUGAGGAGAGAUGCUGGGAGACGGAGAAACCUGAGCAGAACCCACCAGGACAGAUGGCCGGCAACAGGACACGCUCCAAUUCAACUAGUGUUCAUCCUUACUGGAUUGGGGAUCUGGAGAGCAUCAUCAUGAAGACACCAGAGCUGUAUUCCAGUCAUCCUCAUGGAAAUGGGAAUUUAUAUGGAAACAGGAAGUCUCUGUCCCAGCAGCUGGAGUUUCCUCUCACUACCACACAGCCUAUUCACCGCCCGUCACGCUCUCUCAGCUCUGCCCAGCUGGUGCACUCCUGCAGCAAUGUACAAGCCUUCAUAAUCUGUAACAUUGUGUUGAUGAAGGGCCACGGCAAGGGUCUGGGCUUCAGUAUAGUGGGUGGGAGGGACAGCAUGUACGGACCAAUGGGGAUCUAUGUCAAGACCAUUUUCCCUGGAGGGGCAGCGGCUGCUGAUGGAAGACUGCAGGAGGGUGAUGAGAUACUGGAGCUGAAUGGAGAGUCACUGCAUGGUUUGAGUCAUGAUGAAGCCCUGCACAAGUUCAAACAAAUCAAAAAGGGCCUGCUGACGCUGGUGGUGAGGACCAGUCUACGUGUGGGGGCCCUGUGUGGCCAGGCCCAGGUAGCUCAGCUGUGCAGGUCUCGCUCCCUCAGCUCCACCACAGGCAUGGCCAGGGUCAGCGCUGACAUGGGAGACUACAACUACCUGAACAACACCUGCAGUAACACACUGAGCAUCCAGGGACAGCCUGCUAAACCCAGGGACCGCAUCAUGAUGGAAAUGAUCCUACAGAAAGAGGCUGGUGUCGGUCUGGGCAUUGGACUGUGCUGUGUUCCAUCUGGUGACGGAUGCCCUGGGAUUUACAUCCAUACACUCUCUCCUGGAUCUGUAGCACACAUGGAUGGUAGACUCCGGUGUGGGGAUGAAAUCAUGGAGAUCAACGACACUGUGGUUUACAACAUGGCCCUAAAUGACGUCUACACAGUCCUGAGCCAGUGCACACCAGGUCCAGUCCAGGUCAUCAUCAGUCGACACCCCGACCCAAAAGUAUCGGAGCAUCAGCUGAAUGAUGCAAUAGCUCAAGCAGUGGAAAACAGCAAACUGAGAAAGGACAAGAGCCAGUGGAGUAUCGAUGGGCUGCGUCGGCUGGACUCAUGCUCUCACAGCCGGCAGAGAUGCGAGCGGUGUCUGGAGCGGAGUUUCAGUCAGCUGACGGUUCAACGGGCUCAGAAGACCAUGACCCGCUCCUGCAGCGACAGCACCAGCAGCCACCACCCCAACCGCUGCCUCACCAUGCACAACAUCCACAACACACACCACAACCCAUCAGCCCGCGUCCACAGCCUGGACACAGCCAAGUCUCUGACAGAGACAUGGUCUGAAAACAGACUGUCAGUACCUGUGUAUCCUGAUGACGACUAUAACGUUCCAUACAAUUCUACUGCUGCCAACCUUCUUCGUGCUGCUCCUCGUCGGUACUGCUGGCGUCAGGAUGUGACCAGUGAGGAGGGUUAUAAUGGAGACUCCAGUGGCUCCAGCAGAGGAUCUCCAGUCAGAGAGGAUGGACUGGAGCCGUCAUCACACUCCAGCUGCCAGUUCUUCAGCAGUAUAUACAAGGCCUUGAGAAAGACCCUGAGGUUACUCUUAAGGAACGAAGCAGAACGAAUAAGAGAACAGUCAGUGGGGAGCAGAGAAGAUUUCCCUGCAGCCUGCAGAGAGGACAGACUACACACAGGUGAGUCAUCAGCUGCACUCUGCUCACAACCAAAGAGAGGAGCUCUGAGGAGGCAGGCACGGAUCGAACAGCAUAACCAAGAACAGCUUCAGGAUCCCUGGGUCCGCCUUUCAGACGGCUCCCCCGAAGAGCCACCUAAGGUCCACCACAACCAUCACCAACAUCUCCACCUGCACCGCACACAGCCUGCCGCCAUGGCUGAUGAAGAGAACACCCCCGAGCUCAACAGCACCGCCACAGAUGUGAUUUCAGAUCCUCCGUCUGAUCUGACCCAUGACACCCAAUGUGAGACCCCCCCAGAAGCGAAGAAGGGGCCCCCGGUAGCACCCAAGCCUGCCUGGUUUCGCCAGAGUCUGAAAAAACUUCGGAAUGAUCAGGACCAUAAGAAGACAGCUAAACCUGCAGAGCAGAGGUCCAGUGUGGGCAGAAACUUUGGAAUCAAAUCUGCCUCGUCUGGAGGGAACCUGUCCAUCAAACAGAAGAUCCACUCAUUUGAGACUUUUUCCACUCCAGAAAGUACAGAGAAGGGGGACAACAGAAGGCCUGUUGCCCCCUCCACUUCCCUUCCUGUGGUGGAGAAGGAGUCCAGGAAUCACACCUCCCUACCUGCAGAGUAUGGGAAGAGCAAAAAUGAAAUGCCCAAAGAGAUCCAAGCAAGCCAGUCUGCAUCUGCUGGAGAGACAGACAGCACACCUGCUGUCACCUGCUCCUCUCCUCAAGCUUCUUCUCAAACAACAGCCACCUUCUCUGAAGCUGAACCAUCCACCAAAUCCCAAGGAGAUCCCCCACCUUCUGACACCACCAGCCCUGAUCCACAGUCAGAGAUGAAUGAUUCUCAUUCAGCUCCAGUCCACAAUGACAUAAAUAUCUCACCGUCUAAACAGGAACCUGAGCAAGAAAGCAGCUCCACAGAGUCCAAGGUCUUACCCUGCGCUGGUCUCACCUCUGUGACAUCCAAUCAGGCUGAAGGGGAAAGUCCUUCAGAGGCGACAGAAGAUGGAACAGAAGGGGAUGGAAGCCAGAGCCAAGAAAAACUGCUCAGUCCCACCCCAACUGCUCCUUCUUCCACAGGAGGCCUGGAGGGGGAAACUUUAGAAAAAAUCCUUGCCUUCAGUAAUCAGGUAUCACAAGCAUUGAUGCGCUCCCUGCCCACGUCCUCCAGCCACGGUAACCCUCGGCCCAAACACACCUCCGCUGUGGAUGAUAACAACCCUCAGGACUGUGACUCCGCCCUGGACACUGACAGAGCAUUCUCUGUCAGCCUGGCCACACUGAGGGAGUGUACCAUUGAGCGAGGGGAGGGGGGGGCUCACGACGACGCAGCAGGCACCUCUACUUGCGCUCACUCCGUCAUCUCAGCCAUCCCGUCAGAGGAAAUACAGAGGAUGAUCCAGGAAGUUAAAGAUCUGGAUGAAGACACACUAAAGCAACUGCUGGACAUCCAUGUAGUGAUUCUGCAUAAAGAGGAGGGGGCUGGACUCGGCUUCAGCAUCGCUGGAGGCUCUGACCUGGAGAGCAAAGCUACUACAGUCCACAAAGUGUUUCCGAGUGGCCUGGCGGCUCAGGAGGGCACCAUACAGAAAGGAGACGAGGUGUUGUCUAUAAACGGACAGACACUGCGUGGCCUCGCACACACUGAUGCCACCGCAGCCGUGCGUCAGGCUCGCAGUCUGAAGCUGGCUGUGGUUGUCGUCUGCAAGAGAGGGGGGGGGGGAGCACAAGAGAGUGGAGGCUGCAGGACUGAAGAGUCCAACACUGCAGUGGAGCUGCAGGGAGACGCUGUGAGCGUGCAGCUGGAGAAAGAAGCAGGAGGAGUCGGAUUUAUUCUGGAGGGAGGAAAAGGCUCGAUCCAUGGAGACAAACCAUUAGUCAUUAGUAGGAUCUUUACAGGUGGAACAGCAGAGCAGAGCGGUCUGCAGUGUGGAGAUGAGGUGCUUCAGGUGCAGGGCAUCAGUCUGCAGGACAUGAGUCGCUUUGAGGCCCGGAACAUGAUCAAGGGUUUACCUGACGGCUCCAUCACCAUGGUGAUCAGGAAGAGACAGGAGCGGGCAGAAUGAGAGCCAGGGGACCACAGAGGAAGUAA